AGUCAGUCCAAGUCAGUCAUUCAGAGUUGUGUCGUUUUGUUAAUUGCGUUUCUUUCUGCUUCGGCAAGCCAAGGCUUAUUGGAAAAUUAAUUUGAAACUUAUUUUAAUAGUGUUUGUAUUAUUAAGCCCACAUUCACAGCUUCAAAAUUAGUUAUUAUUUGAUUUAAGAUGGCAACUGAAGUAAGUGCACCCAACAUAAUGCCCCAGUUGCAGUCUGUACAAAAGGCAAUGGCCCUACCAACUGUAGGGGCUGCUGUGGGACAAGUUGGAGCAUUCUACAACAAAGUCAAAGGUGCACACUCCCUUCUUGAAUGGGCUCUGUCUACUGCGGAGGCGAGUGUAACACUAGCGGCAACCACUGCAGCACCUUAUGUGGCGUCUCCUCUGUCAGUUGGUGAUGCUAAAAUAGCUGCAGCAAUUGACGAGCUGGAACGCCGAGUCCCACUUGUCACAGAACAGCCUAAAGUUAUUGUUGAAACUACUAAACAAGCAGUACUCUCCAGAAUCUCACCACAUGUUAACAAGGUAUGCGCUGCCCGUGCUGUUGCUGAGCAACGUGUCCAUUCACUUAAAGAGCUUUCAUGGGCGAAAGCUAACGCGCUCCUGUCGACAGCAUACGGACAGAAGGCGGUACAAGGUCUGGACUCGAGCGCAUCGUACGCCAUGCAACUGCUCGACACGUACCUGCCCCCUGUUGGACCACAGCCUGAGCCUACCGGCGAAGUGGUUCCUUCUACAAACGACCCAGCGCUCCACUCUGUCCAGACAGUGGGCCGGCUGAGCGCUGUGGCCGCGCGUCGCGUGUGGGCCAAUCUCGCCUGUAGAGUCGACCAGUUGAGAGCAUCAGGUGUCGAGUUGGAUGUGCGUCGUUAUGUGACAGCGUUGCUAGCAGCUCUCCAUCUCGCCAAAGUGACGAGCGACCAGCGGAGGGGCGAAGAAAACACCACUACCCCCACCACCCCUGCCCACGCAGACCCUGCGCCCCCCUCAUUAGGUGUCCAAAAACCCGUCGACCAAACGACGGCGCCAACCACCACUAACUUAUUGAAAUCAACCCCUGAAGCCAAAUCUGACAUAUCGGAAAAUUCAAAAUAAUUCAUGUCAAUUAUUUAAUUAUAUUUUCUUUAUUUUAAUGUAUAAUCGUGAAGCCAUACCGCAGAUAUACUGGUUGUAUCUACUGUUAUGACUUAGAAUUAAAGAUGCGUAUUUAUAUUGUGCAAUCGAAGACUGUGAGACGAGUCUUAUAUUUUGAUGGAUUUUUAUAGAUUUGUAUGCUGAUAUUAAACCAUAUAUAGACUUAGUACGUAAGGGAUUUUUUUUAAAUAUAUUACCAGAAAUAAAACAAUUGUAACUUU